UCAGCCACAUUCAUUACAUGACCAAUAACGGGGCGCAGUCCUCGAAGAUGCAUCACUCGCAGCAGGACAUGCGACUGCUGGCCUGCAACGGAGGCAAGUCCUUUAAUGCCACCUCACUGCCCCGUCAUCGACCGCCGCCGGCGCAGGUGCAGGUUCAGGUUCAGGAGAGCACUCUGUCCCACUACAGUCAACCGGUGGCCAAUGGGAUAAGGCUGACCCAGGAUCACUUCAACCACAACCAGCAUCCGACUGCUUCGAACCAGAGUCACCACUAUGGCGGCGUUUAUGCCAAGCCCUGUGAUGCAAUGGCCGAACCGGGUUACAUCCACAACAAUUCGCAUUACUCCCUGCCGCUGGAUCAUGAUCUGCCACCCAGUCCCACACCCACGCCACCGCCCCAGCCUUGCCGUUGAGGAAUGGUGUGGGCAUGGCACUCAUUCAUGGCAACACCACUGGACGUAGAUCCUUUAAUAACAACAAUAAUGUUGCAACCUUGUCGAACAACAACCAUCAUGGCGGUGUAGCAGUGGGAGUGGGUCUUGGAGUGGGCAACAACAACAACAACAAUAAUGGCAGCCUGAGACGAUAUCACUGAUAUCCGGCCAAGACGUGCGGCACCUUGGGCCGCACCAUUAUCAAGACCAGACCGGAUCCGGAUAUCGAACUGCAUUACUUCUACAAGGGCUGAGAGGGGGUAUGGAAAUUCCACGCGGAUCGCCUCUAAUCUUAUUUAAUCAGGGCUAUAUACAUUAAUCCCCGGACAUUGUGGGGUUAAGAGUGCAUCUUUGCCGCGAAGUCCAGACAAAAAGUCCUGGAUAUUCUUCAAUUCUAGUUGUAUCCUACGUUACGUGUAUUCAGGCGAGAGAGCAUUCUGUAUAAAUUUAGGCUUUAGUUUCGUGAGGUUGUAGAGGGGGUGGGGGUGGGCAAGGAAUCCGCAGGAUAUGAUGUAUAUAGAUAUAUAAGUGGAGGACUUGCGCACAAUUUUGGCAGGCAGACAGGCCGCCACAAUUCAUUUGCAUCCAGUGAUCUUAACUAUUAAGUUCUGCUUAAAUUAAUUAAUUAAAAACCCUUCAAUUUAUGUACAUAAUUAGAAGCUUUUUUUUUUAAACAAAAAAUGCGACAACCGAAAAUCAAGGAAAUUUCAAUGGAAAAAACAAAAAAAUUAAAUUAAAAUCAAGUAACAAGGUAAUUUACUUUAUAAAAUAACAACUUAGCCAAGCGCUUAAGCACCAGUCAUUAAAACUAUGUAUGUAUUUAGCCUAAAACUAUCGACAAAAUAUAUUCCAAAAUAAAUGCAAAAAAAGAAAAUAAAUUAUAUACGCAAAACCCAAAUAGAACACAGCCGAUUUUUAUAGUUAAUAGACUCAGUAAAGAAUAAACUACUCAUCGGAAUAAUAAACAUGCAAGUUGUUUACACAGUGGAAAAAGGAAAAUAGCGAAAAACUAUGGAAAACUCUGCAAUAUUCAGGCAGCAUCUACGCCGCAUUCACAAAUAUGAAUAAGCAAUUUAUGCAACGGAAAUAAACAAAUGCAAAAUACAAAGUAAAUCUAUAUAUAUACGAA